CCAACUUUGACUCGCCCACCCCAAUCCAAUUAAAUCAAUCCACAUCAUCAGUUACACCAUUUCCUAAACCAUACGAUCCUUAAUCACUCCACUUCAUCAGAAAAGUUCGCUCGCUGAGUGGACCCGGUUCCCACUUUCCUUUUUUCCCGACCGAGUCGUGACUCGCCACCAGCAUCAUCAUGUCACACAAACUCCGGAAUACCUUUUUCCCAUCCAGAAGUCCGUGCUCGGAGUCUUUAUAAAAACGUCUUCGUCUUCAAACAUGUCGUUAACUUUGUGUUUCUCGCAAUGGCCGAAGCCUUGGACUCGGCUGCCGACCCUGGGACGCCGGGGAUUCGGGAAAUAAGGUCCGACACGACGCCUCAGAGUUUCUCGGGUCAUGGAGUGGAUGCAGCUCCAGGUUCGGGGAUAAGGCGGUUUGGUUUGCGAGCGGAAAUCGAUACUUCCCCGCCUUUCGGGUCGGUCAAGGAGGCAGUGACCCGCUUUAGUGGGAGCGGGACCUGGGUGCCAUUUUGCGGGAUCGGAGAUAUUUAUAAUGGCAUUGAGGAGUUUGACAUUAAGAAAGUGGAGGAACAGGCAGCAGAGUUGGAGAAGGAUCUGAUUGUGAAGGAACUGGAAACACUUGAUGUCCUGGAAGAACUUGGAACAACAAAAAGGAUUGUGGAAGAUUUGAAGCGGCAACUACAGAAAGAAGCAUUGAAAUGCUUGACUGGCCAAGACCACUCUGAUGAGCAGCUGCCAACUCCUGCUAUUAAGCAAAUGGACAAAGAAAGCCACAGAAAUAUUUUCAACCAUUACGGGCAAAACGCUGGAUGUUCAAGCCCGUGCCCCACUUCAUCACCUGAUUUGAUCUUGAUGGAGUUGAAGCAAGCAAAAGUUAACCUUGGUAAAACGAUAGAUGAUCUUGGGGUGAUUCAAAAUUCCGUUGAAUCUCUAAAUAAGAAAAUGAUGAAAGAAAAGGUUUUACUUGAGAAGAGUCGUGGGUGGCUAUCAUCAAAGUUUGCCGGGGUAUCGUCGCUGGAGGAGGAGCUAAAACAAAUAAGACUAAAGCCACAAAUAGCAGACGAUAAAGAAGCCUAUGGUGCCAUUGAGAAUCCUCCAAAUAUUUCAAGGGACUUUAAAUCCAUGGAUGGGCUAUGUAAGAGAAUUGCUGAAGCUGCAACAUCUGAAGUUUCAAGUCCAAUGACUGUGAAUGAACAGACCAAGGCCAGCAUGAAGACUGCUGAGAUGAGGUUGGUUGCAGCCAAAAAGAUGGAGGAAGCGGCCAAAGCUGCAGAAGCUGUUGCACUUGCUGAAAUCAAAGCUCUUUCAAUCGAUGAGAGAUCAUCAUAUUUCAUACUUCCAGAACCAGAGAAAAUAACUUACUCUUUUGGAGAUCGAUCUCCUUUAGUCACCCAAGCUCAAAAAGUUGAGGGGCUGCCCAAGAAGAAUGUAGUUGAUGCGAAGUUCCAAACAGAUGACGCUAACAUCUCUAAACUGUCCAUUUUGAAGAAGUUAAAGGAAGCCACAGAUGAAGUUAGACACAGUAAACAAGCCCUGGAGAAAGCUUUGAACAGAGUAGAAACAGCAAAUAAAAAGCAAAUUGCCGUUGAAGAGGCUUUCCAGAGAUGGAUUCCAGAGCAUGAACAGAAGGGACAGGCAUUUUAUAAAUCGGUCAAUCGCAAUAAUAUCCAUGCAUCGGAUCACCCUGAGGUCUCUCCACUCAAUGAUAUUAAUAAAUCAAACCUUGUAAACAAUGAAACAAAGCCUGUUUUAAGGUCGACAGUUUCAAUGCGAGAUGUACUAAGCAGGAAGCAAGUUCUGCCCAAUGAAUGUAUGGCAGGAAAUGAAAUGGAAGGCCACGCAGGAGGACAGAAGGUGGCUUUGAGUCAAAUGCUUCAUGCACUGAGGGAGGACCUAGCAUUUUCUUCAAAAGCUGAGAAAGAUGGAAGUGAUCAUAAGCAGCAGUUCUUAGCACAGAGGAAGAAAUUUGGACUUAUCCAUAUAUCAUUCCCUUUGACGAAGCCAAGUAAGAAAAAAAUGCAAGCUUUGAACGCAGUGUGACGAGAUUGAUGCACUACAAAUUGUCUCGUUUGGUAACAUGUCCUUCAUUGUUACUCCAUAUAGGUCAGGUGUGGUGCUUGUUUAGCCUAGAAAAAAAAAAAAAAAUCUGUGUUUUGUUAAUUAUAUCCAUUUUUUGUAAAGGGGCUUUGUGAUUUAAUGAUCUGUGAUUUUAAUGAGCUGCGAACUAAAGGCUGGGGUAGAUGUAAUGAAAUGAUGAAGCUUUUACUCUUUGAUGCGUGAUAUUGUGACGGUUGGUGAAGCUGCAUUUGCUAGCAAACGUGAGACAUGCCUGUAAACAUGGUUUUAGUUGUUGAUGCUGCUAAUACUGGUUUCUAUGUUUUUAUUACAUGCUUGUAAUCAAUAACCGUUCUUGUACCUUAAUAGCAAGUUCCCAUGAAGAGAUUGUAGUA